UAUAUCUAAUCGGUGACAUACAUUGGAUGCGACGUGUGUUUGCGUACGAUUACCAAGAUAAGGUGUUGUUUUGCGGCAUAUUUAUUCGUUACAACUACGUUGCCGAGAGAAAAGAGAGAGAAAAAACACAGUAAAAAAAAGUAUUCAUCGCAUUGCUCGGCUAUUAUAUAUUAUUCCGUCCAUUCAGCUUUCGAUAUUGUGCUCCGCUGCUGAGUGAAUUAAAUGGAAUAGAUAGCAUUAAAUCACAAACAGUUAAGGCAAUUUUCCAAUAGAAAAAAGAAAAACAAAACACAAAUCCAAAUUCAAUGUCGCAUCUCGUCGGCUUAGUGUCGAAUUCCGUGGCCACAACGUUAACAGCUUGUUUUUUUAAAUUUCAAGCGUGGCGCACAGUUGGCAUUCGAGGGUCACACAGUCUCACACAAUUCAUCAAAAUGACGGAUUUUAGCGUCGAAAUUCUACCAGCUCUACAAGACAAUUACAUGUACUUGAUUAUCGAUAAUGAGACACGAGAGGCUGCCAUUGUCGAUCCAGUCGAUCCGGAGCGGGUUUUAACAGCUGUUUCAGACCAAGCAGUUCAAUUGAAAUCGGUGUUGACCACCCAUCAUCAUUGGGAUCAUGCUGGCGGAAAUGAAAAACUGGUCUCAAAGUUCAACAAGUCGUUGAAAGUGUACGGUGGUGACGAUCGCAUCGGUGCAUUGACGGACAAAGUCAAGCAAGAUGAUGAGAUUCGUUUGGGCAAUUUAACGAUUCGUUGUCUGUUCACACCGUGCCAUACAACAGGACACAUUUGCUACUACAUUGAUUCGCCGAAUGGUGAACGUGCCGUUUUCACUGGUGACACAUUGUUCUCAGGCGGAUGCGGUCGUUUCUUCGAAGGUAAUGCCGAGCAAAUGCAUGCGGCGCUCAUCGGUAAACUGUCUGCUCUUCCGAAUGAUACAAACGUUUACUGCGGCCAUGAGUACACGCUGCAAAAUUUGGCAUUCGCAAAACAUGUUGAACCUUCGAACCAAGACAUUGUCAAGAAAAUCGAGUGGGCCAAAAAAAUGCGCACUGAUAACAUACCAACGGUGCCGUCAACUAUUGGCGAUGAGAAAUUGAUCAACCCAUUUAUGCGAGUCAAUCAAUCAAGUGUACAACAGCAUACCGGCAAAACAGACGAAGUCGCAACGAUGGCUGCAAUUCGAAAGGAAAAGGAUAAUUUUAAGGCUUAACACAAAACCUCAUUAACAAAAACCGCAACGAACAAACAUCAAUGUUUCUCUGUUAUCACAUCAAUUUCCUUUCAAAAACACACUUUUCCUUUUUUUUUUUUCCAGCGCAUGGAAAUGAGCAAAAGCACGAAAAAAAAGAGAAUAAAAUGCACAUUAUUCCAAAAAGUA